UAAGUGCGGUGACACGUCUGAUUUUACCUGUAAACGGUAAUCAUCUGUACAAUAUGACGCAGCAAAGAAAAACCGUGCACAAGGAUCUACAAUAUGAACGAAAUAGGUGUACGUUUGAUCCUGUGGAAGUUACCUAUUUUCUCGAUGGUAGUCCAGAAAAAACGAAGCAACGCCGUGAUCAAGAACAAUAUAUAUCGGAUGUUCUGGUGUUAAAAGAAAAUAUGUCAAUGAGAUAUAAGAGCUAUAAAGAAGUAUAUGAAGAUUCUCUACGAAUUGCCCGCGCUGUUCUUUCCAAAAUUAAAAAAUUACAACUUUCGAAAAUAGAGGAAUAUGAAUUUGUUCACGGCAUCUUCAGCGAAAGACUUGGAUCUGCACUAUUCCAAGACGGAAAUCCAUUGUCUCUGCAUUAUGGUAUGUUUCUACCCACACUUAUGGGACAAGCAAAUUCUGAACAGCAAGCAUAUUGGAUAAACAGAGCUUGGACCGGCGAUGUUAUAGGAACAUAUGCUCAGACUGAAUUAGGCCAUGGAACGUUUCUCAGGGGUUUGGAAACUACGGCAACGUACGAUCCGGAAACGAAAGAGUUUGUUUUGAAUAGUCCAACUUUGACAUCUUACAAAUGGUGGCCAGGCGGAUUGGGCCACACUGCAAAUCAUGCAAUAGUCGUUGCGCAAUUAUACACCCAGGGAGAAUGUAGGGGAAUUCAUCCGUUUGUUGUACAAUUAAGAGACGUGGAGACACAUGAACCUUUAAAGAACAUUAUCAUUGGUGAGAUUGGUGCAAAAUUAGGAAUGAACGGUGUGAACAAUGGCUUUCUCGGAUUUCGUAAUUAUAGGAUACCACGGAAGAAUAUGUUGAUGAAGAAUUCCAAGGUACUAGAAGAUGGAACAUAUGCAAAAUCUGCAAAUGACAAGUUAACGUAUGGUACGAUGGUGUUCGUUCGAGUAAUGUUGCUGCAGGACCUUCUACACUAUUUAUCCAAAGCUGUUACUAUUGCGGUUCGAUACAGCGUAGUAAGACGUCAGGGUCAAAUAAAUGCGGAACAACCAGAGGUGCAGAUUCUCGAUUACGUAACGCAACAAUACAAAAUCUUCCCUCAUAUUGCCACAUGUUUCGCAAUAAAAGUUACUGCCAUUUGGCUUUUGGAUAUGUAUAAAACGGUACAAAGUCAAUUGCACCAGGCUGAUUAUAAAAAACUACCGGAGUUGCAUUCUUUGUCAUGUUGCCUAAAAGCAGUUGUAUCCGCAGAUACAGCAGCUGGAAUAGAGCAACUUCGGUUAUCUUGUGGUGGACAUGGAUACAUGACUGCCAGCAAUCUGCCAGUACUCUAUGGAUUUGCGACCGCAGUCUGUACUUACGAAGGGGAAAAUACAGUCCUACUUUUGCAAACAGCUAGGUACCUCGUAAAAUCAUGGAAACAAGCUAUGGGUGGUAAGCCACUGCCAGAAUCUGUAGAGUAUCUUAACGAAGCAGCGAAAGGAGUAAAACAUUGUCGUUGGAGUAACGAUUUGGAAUGUCUGAUUGAUGCGUAUAACGCGGUAGCUGCAGGAUCUAUUCGUUUAGCAGCAGAACAUUUGGAUCGCAGAAUACGUGAUGGAGUUCCGACGGCGGAGGCGUGGAACCAAACGAGCAUCGAACUAACUCAGUGUGCGGAAGCUCAUGCUCGAGUCUUCAUUGUAAAAACAUUUGCAAAUGAUAUUAAACAGUUAAACUCGAAGUCUGAAGAAUUUCGUCAAGUAAUGUUUCAACUCUGCGAACUGUAUAUCGUAUAUUGGGCUUUGAGAAACGUUGGUAAUUUUCUUCGGUUUUCUUCUAUGCAGGAAGAGCAUGUUCAGACACUUCAUUCACGCUUGGAAUAUUUGCUGAUGACAAUCCGUCGAAAUGCUGUAGGAAUCGUGGAUGGUUUCGAUUUCGAUGACCAUAUUCUUUGUUCGGCUUUGGGUGCUUACGAUGGUAACGUUUAUGAACGAUUGUUUCAAGAAGCCAUGAAGAGCCCUCUGAACCGUGAAAGUGUAAACAUAUCUUUUGAAAAAUACUUAAAACCAUUUCUUAAGAGUAAUUUAUAGUGUAAUCUUUCUUCAUUUUUAGAGGAAAAUGUAAAUCAAUGUAAAUGUAAAUAAUGUAGUUAUCUAUAUUGUAUAUCGUAUGUGGUGAUUGAACUUUGACAGUUUAAUAUUUUAUAAAUCGACAUCCCAUAAAUAACAUGAUUGGUCGUUGAAAAAUACAAUUGUAACAUUAUAUCAUAUUAGCAAUAUAGAAAGAAUGAGUACGUGUUCGUUUGCUCAUUUUUUUGAGAGUUAGUAUUUAACAAAAAAGAGAAGGAAUGAACGUAAUUUUGUAUUAUUCUUAUGAACUCUCAUUGUAGAUAUUUAAUUUAUGUAAUGGACCAUCGCUGUAAUAAUUUCGAAUGGACGCGUGAUAGAGAUUUUAUUUGUAAGAGAAACGUUUUAGGAUUGUGCGAUCAUUCUCGGAUAAGAUGUUUUAAAUAUGUUGUGAAAAAUGACAUGUUCCAUAUAGUAUUUGUAAUUAGCAAAGUGAUAUUUUCAAUUACACAAGUGUCUAUUUUUCUUGUUAAACCUGUAACGUAUCAAAGAAAAUUACAUUUUAAAAUUGAAAAGUUCUCAUACGGCACAGUGUUUAUUUACAGAAUAGGAGCGAUGACAUACAUUAUUGUUCGUUAUACUAACAUAGUGCAAUUAUUGUUAAUUUCUGUUAAUAAUAACGUGUCUUGUUAACUUAAACGCCCACAAUGGAAAUAACGCGAAUGAAAUGUAAUUUGUGAGAUUCAUUGGUACCGCUGCGGUAUCAUGAUCAAUUCGUGUAUGUAUAGUACAUCCAACGAGUAUCAAGUACGUGAUAUUUCGAAACAGAAAUAUUCCAAGAACGUUAAUUUAUUCGCUAUUUUUAUGAGAUAUGAUUAUUGCCUAUAUAAGUAACGGAAUUGCGAAUAUAAAUAAUAUAAUAAGCAAAAUUACGAGACAAAUUCUUGAUCAUUAACAAUUGUUCAUUUUAAACUUUCACUUGUUGGGCAUACUACACGUAGAUGAUAGGUCCUAGGAACUUCAUGGAUGGACCGAUAGAAUCGUCAUACUCAUAUGUGUA